CUGAUUUCAGCAGUAUACUGCACUCUGCUCUGCUUUAUAUUUCCAUUGUGAUUGCAUAUCACAGUCAUAUUAUUUGUUUUUUUUUACUUAAAUUUGUGAAAUAUUUCAUUUUGUGUUAUUUUUUAAAAAGAAAGCUUCAUAUAACUUAACAUUUUAAUAAAAUCAACAUGUUGUCAGUUAAUGUUGAUGCAGGUAAUUCCUUAAAAGCAGUUUUUACUUCACAUAUUCCUUUGACAGUUUCUCAAGUUUGGGAUCAUAUUAAACAAUCAAACCGGAUGAUUUCCAGAGAACAUUUUUACAUAAUUUAUAAUGGACGUCUUGCAAGCGAUAGCGAUGUUCUCUUUAGAGGUUCUGCGAUUGUCACACCUCGAUUUUUGGGAGGAAAAGGAGGAUUUGGUUCCAUGCUUCGAGCGAUUGGGGCUCAGAUUGAAAAGACGACUAAUCGAGAAGCCUGCAGAGAUCUUAGCGGAAGGCGUUUACGCGACAUUAACGAAGAGAAAAGGCUAAAACUCUGGUUAGAGAAAAAAUCAAAAAGUCAAGAUGAAGCUUCCGAACGAAAAAAGAGAAAACUGGAGAAACUUUGUUCAGAGCCUAAACAUGAAUUUAAGGAUCAGAAAUACGAUAAUGAACGAUCUGUUUUAACUGAAAGAGUCGCCGAUGCUGUUGAAGAAGGUUUCAAAGCUGCCGCAGCUGCCUCUACAUCCGGCACUAAAAGACUCGCUAAAAUUGAAGCAGCAGGUAAUAAAAAGAAGAAAAUCACCUUAGGUUUUGGUCUGGAUCUCGAUUCCGAUGAACUGGAUUCCACUGAUGAUGAUUCUAGUGAAUCUCAAAAUGAGAGACAAUCAGUUGGACAAGAAAACAGUGAUUCCGAUAAUGAGAGUGCAACUCUUGGCGAAAAAUCAAAAGUAUUGAACAAUUCUGAAAAAAAUUCAACACAUGAAAAGUUUGAAGCAAUUACUAAUUUAGAUAGUGAAGAAAGGUCUGGUAAUUCUGUCGAAAAAGAGAAAGAAGUUGAUGAAUGUAAAAAUCCUAACGAAGAAGUUAUAGUUGAAAAAGCAGAAUCAUUUGUAAGUAAUUAAUAAUUAUUAUUAAGUUUUAAUUAUUUUACAAUAAAGUUAUUAAUGGUAUUUAUUUGUUUUGUUGUAAAUAAGCAAAUAUACUUUAAUGUUAGAAUUGUAAUAGAAAGUAUGUUAUAAUUAAAAAAAAAAAUACUGAAAAUGAGGAAUA